CCAAGAGAAAACCAUUAAUUUAGCCUCCCUCUCCAUCGGGACCAUAGGAAACGUUCGUCGGCUAUGCAGGAGAACUCUACCACUGUCGUCUUUAACCAUCCAUGCUGCACCCACAGCCGAAUUACAUCUAGCCCAAUCCAUGUCAAAUUCACAGAUCACCCAACCUUUCGGAGGCGCAAUGAAUUGAUCUCGCUUUUCCAUCGACUUCACCGAUUGCUGCGCCUCCAACCUAGCAUCCAGCUGUUGAGCAGAGAACCAAUCAUCCGCCUCAGCCAUCGCUUUCUUAAUAAUGUCCUCAGGAUCCAAUUGGGUUCCCUCAAAUAAAAAACCAUUCCUGUGUUUCCAUAAAUACCACAAGAUCCAAGGCCAGCAACGAGUGAUAUUUAGGUCCAGGGUAGCAUUCUUGCUUAUUUUCAAGAAGAAAGCAAAAUUCUCAAAAAGAGAUCGCUCCAUCCAUCCUCUUGGAGGUGUUGGAAUACAAGAAUGGGCCCAAGUCUGCCUUGCCAUAUCACACUGGAACAGCAAAUGAUUAACAGAUUCGCCCUCUCUCCCACAUAAUUGACACCUCUCAUCACACUUAAUACCCCGAGAUAGAAUGCGGUCUGCGACCGGGAGAGCAUCAGACAAUACCUUCCAGAGGAAGGUUUUAAUCUUAGGGGAAGUGUGUACCUUCCAGCAAGCAGAUUUGAGGGCAUUAAGAGACGGCUGUGCGUCAGCGGUAAGCAGAAGGUCCCUGUUCUUAUCUUUUGCCGCCAACCAGUAACCCGACUUCACCGAAUAAGCACCAGAUUUAUUGAAUUUCCAAAUCCAAAAAUCUUCUUUAGUCACUACUGGCUGAUUUCUCAGCAACACUUCAAUAUCAGACGGGACAAAAACUUCCUCCAAAGCCUCUCUGUUCCAACAUCUACCGGGGAAAUUAAUCAAACUCCGCACCUUAAGAUUGAGGUCAAAGGUGCAAUUUUUGAUCCAGGGCGCUCUAGGACCAUAGCCAUCUCUGUCAUCUUCAAACCACUUAUCAAUCCAGACAUUAAUCGAAUUCCCAUCACCCACCCGCUUUUGGAUCCCUUUGACUAGUAAAUCUCUUCCCCACAAUAGACUUCUCCAACCAUACGAGGGACGAUUCCCUAACUUAGCUUCCAAGAAAUCACAGUCAGGAAAAUACCUACUCUUUAAGAGUUGAGCAAGCAAGCAAUGCGGAGAGGUGAGAACUUUCCAAGCCUGCUUAGCCAAAAGUGCCUGAUUGAAAGCUUCGAAAUUUCUGAACCCCAAACCCCCACUAUCUUUCGGCAGGCACAGCCGAUCCCAAGCAAUCCAGUGCAAUUUUCUCUUGUGCCCAUCAGAACCCCACCAGAAAUCUGCCAUAGCGGACACCAUCUUGUCGCAGACAGUCUUAGGGAUCUUAUAGCAAGACAUAGCAUAGACAGGCAAUGAAGAGGCUGAUGCUUUAAUCAAAAUCUCUUUACCUCCUUGGGACAGAUUCCUCAAAUGCCACGCAUUGAGCCUGGCAGAGAUCCUUUCCUUCAGAAAGCCAAAACAGGCAACUUUAGAACCCUUUAGACAUUCAGGCAGACCCAAAUACUUGGAGGUUCCUCCUUCCUUGAAAAUCCCCAAAACCUGACUUAUGGCAUUUUUUACAUCCUGGUCAACCAAUCUUCCAAAGGAGAUUGCAGAUUUCUGUACAUUGAUCACCUGACCAGUAACUUCUCCAUAGGCCAUUAAGAUACUCUGAAGUUCAAAGGCUUGCAAUACCGUAGCUUUGCACAUGAAUAGGCUGUCAUCCGCAAAUAGAAGGUGAUGGAUCGACGGACCAUACUCUGUAAACUUCAAUCCAGAGAGACGCUCCUCCUCUUCCGCUUUGUUCAGCAAGUGAGUUAACCCUUCAGUGCAUAGCACAAAGAGGAAAGGUGAUAGGGGAUCACCCUGACGAAUUCCCCUCUGCGGUUUAAUCAGACCAAAAGGCUGAUCAUUGAUUAAAACAGCAAAAGAGACAGAAGAAACACAAGCCAUGACCAAACUGACCCAUUUCUGAUCAAAGCCUAAAGCCAGUAGGAGACCCUUCAGGUAGCACCACUCUAUCCUGUCAUACGCUUUGGACAUGUCGGUUUUGACAACCAUGAAAUCCUUUUCUACCAACUGAUGACCUCCCAAAGCGUGAACCGCCUCAUGAGCAACACCAAUAUUAUCACUGAUGAGUCUCUCCGCCACAAAAGCUGAUUGAUUGAUUGAGAUAAGUUCCGGGAGAAUGGGUUGAAGCCUGCUGACCAUAAUCUUCGAGAUGAUUUUGUAGAGAACUGAGCACAAGCUGAUUGGACGGAGAUCACUCAUCACCUCCGGUUCUAUGAUUUUUGGCAACAGGCAGAUGUAAGUAAAAUUCCAGUCAACAGGCAUCACUCCUCUACUGAAAAAAUUCUGCACUUCAACACACACUUUUGGGCCUAUGGUAUCCCAGUAUUGCUGAAAGAACAAUCCAUUCAUGCCAUCAGGACCCGGUGCGCUCGAUGGAUUGAUACUGAAAACCGCCAGCCUUAUUUCGUCCUCAGUGACCUCCGCCAGCAAUCUGUCAUUCAUGGCCACUGUAACCCGAGGAGCCAUACCUUGCAAGAGAUUCAGAAUGUUGGGAGGCUUCGAUGACUUAAACAAAGCCGAGAAAUAGUCGAGAGCCACUUGAGCUUUUGCAGCCUCAGACCAUUGAUAGACCCCAUCGAUGUCCUUUAGCUUGCUCAGGAGACGCCUCGCUCGGUUAGAUUUAACAGAAGCAUGAAAGAACUUGGAAUUCCUAUCACCAUAUUUGAGCCAUCUUUCCCGACUUCUCUGCUGCCAAUGUAACUCCUCCUCCCUGUAGGCUUUGUACAGUUCUUUUUUGAUGAUCUUGAUGGCAUGAUAACACGGGUAGUUCCUAGACUCAAACCAUUCCAAGCGGUGUUCCAGUAAGUGGAUUCUGUCUCUCGCAUUAAAGACUUUGGACUUCUUCCAGCGGCUUAAAACCCCUCUGCAAUCCCGCAGUCUCUUAGCCACACUUCGGUUAGAGGAAACCCCACUCCCUGCUCUCCACGAGUUAAUGAUAUCCUUCUUCACUCUGGGUAAGAAAAGGAACUUCUUAUCAUAUCUGAAUUGGCCUUUGUACCGCGCUUGAGAAGCUUGCAGAUUGAUUAAAACAGGCCGAUGAUCAGACCCUCGUUUGUCAAGAAAUCUCUGAUUAGAACCAGGGAAAAUCCUGAGCCAUUCCUUGUUCCCAAAAGCCCUAUCGAGGCAACACUGAAUCCACUUCUUCCACCUCAUACCCGACCAGGUAAAUCUAUCACCAGAAGCCUCCAACUCGUCCAUGCCGCAAGCAGCCAACAUGUCAGCAAAAGGCCUAAAAGAAGCUUCCGAUCUAGAAGGACCACCUAGCUUUUCACCAUUAUUCAGGAUCUCAUUAAAAUCACCAACUAUACACCACGGUUCCUUCCUACAAACUCCAAAUCUGCUCAGUCUUUCCCAAACUAUACUCUUUCCAUCCUGAGCAGGCUCCCCAUAAACACAAGACAGAAAAAAUCUGAAGUCACCAAAAAGAACCUCCAUGUCAAUCAGAUUCUUAUCCGCAUACUUAAUAUCCAUCUUAAUGGUGCUUUUCCAAAAUACUGCCAAGCCACCACUAAGACCUACUGGGUCAACCGUAUAUACAUUGUCAUAACCCAACCACACCUUUAAAUCUACUAGAACAUCUCUGCAGUUUUUAGUCUCCAUUAAGAAAAUUAUCUCCGGAAAGUAAAGUCGCCUAAACUCCCGCAGACGUUGAACUGUCAGGUCUUGAGUACGCCCCAGGCCCCGACAAUUCCAGCUCACUAUGCUCAUUAAAGAUUGGACGGUCCCUCCUUUGGGACCACCUUCAGGGAUUUUGACCUCGCCAAGACUGGAAGUUCCCCAUCUUCAGUCUCUACCUUUCUCUUCAGACCACUCAUGAUUUGUUUACCCGCUCCCUUGUCAGCAUCCAGAACCACCAACUUCCUCUGCUUCCUUUUAGAUUUUGGAGGACGGUUUCUUUUAUAGACUUUCUUUAGAGUUCCGGACGAAGCAACAUGUUCCGAAAAACCCGAGCUAAACACCGUAGAACCUUCAGAAAGGGGCAGAAAGUUAACCCCAAGUCUCACAUCCUCGCUCCCCGAAUGCGCAUCCAGAGGAGGACCCAGCCUCAUCGCCAUUCCAGCACCAAUAGCCGAUGCCAUUAAUUUUUCAGAGUUAGGAGACACAGAGCUUCCUUUACCUCUACUCAAGCGUUCUUCUUCGUAGUUGAAGACAUGUCCCUUUCCUUUGUUUAAGUCUCUUGAGAUAGUAGGAGGAGCUUCCAGUCUCAGAAACAUUUUCUGCAUCAUAGGGACUUGUUCCACUUCAGCAACAGAUUUUCUGACUCUCUCUUCUCUGAUAACUCUGUCUUCAGCAGUUGAUAAACUCAGGUACUGCCUCAUCUCAUCCAUCACCUCCUUAGCGAUCUUCGGUCUGCCAGUAGAGAGGUUAAUCCCCACUUGGUCUUCUCUAAGAACUCCAAAGAGAGGAUCACCUUCACUCAGUACCACUGAUCUGUGCUCAAGUUCUUUCUCUAUUGCUUGACGCCGCGCCAAAGCCACCUCUUUACGCUUCUUCACUUCGAGAGGACAGAUCCUCUGCUCAUGAUUCAAUCUUUGACAGGUAAAGCAACGCUUCUGGAUUCUUUCAUAGUCGAACUUGAUGGUCCACGAUUUACCUCCUUUAGCUGUCACCACCUUCGCCGGUCUGAGGGGAUUCGCCACAUUAAACCUUACCUGAGCACGAAUAAAAGGUUGAGACUGUGGUUUCGAGGGGUCAAAAACCAACACCUUAACUUCACCAAUCAUAUCAGCCAACGCCAUUAGCGCCUCCUCCGUAUAGUAGUUUAUGGGGAUUUGGCUGAUUUGUACCCAGAGAGGAAUAAACUGAAGAUAGUCAUCAGGCGGUUCUUCAACCCAACGCGCAAUCACAAUGACCCACUCAUUAAAAGUAUGAACGCCUUUCUCCAGCACAUCCACCAAGUCAUGCUCCGAGUCAAAGAAGAACUGAAAACGUUCCUCCGAGAGAGCAACUCCCCUACACCUGCCUUCCUUUUGCCACUUCCUAGGCAUCCUCCAGAUUAAGGAAGACAUUCUCUGACAUUCUGGGUUCAGAACUCUACCCACAAUGCUUAGAAGAUUCUUUUCAUUCGAACAGAAACCCGGUUGGUCCGGCAUCUCGAAAGGUUUGUCAUCCUCGUCCAAAGACAGAGCCAUUAAGGCUCGAUCCAUAGCCACCGACAUCGUAGCACCACCGUUGAGCAACAAUCAACACAAACUCGUCUUAACAGAAGCUUAGAUCUCAGAAAAGGGAACUGGAACUCACUGCAGAUCUGAUGAACACCAAACUUUAACUUGUCUUUUUGAGAAUAGGUAGAAUAAAAAGAAAGACAAAAGUAAAAGUGUGCGAGCUUUCCAGCGUGCUCACGUUAUAGUAAAUAGUAUCAUAACUUAUAUAAAUCUCAAGUGGCCAUUUGAUAUAUAGCUUUAGUAGAGUUCCAUUAUCAUAUACACAACCAAAAUAGAAGAAAAUUAAUAACACAACCAAACAUAUAAAAAAUAGAGCAAAACUAAAUGACUGACAAAUCAAAAUAAAUUUUAAGUAAUCUUGCCUCACGUAAUUUUAUUUUCCUCAUUUUAUAGUUAAACGUAUAACAACCCAACGAAUAAUUUUACCAAACUGGUUCUUGAAUUUGUUCUAGUCGUCUAUUUGCCAACAAAAACUUGAAAAGUGAAGUGAAAUGAAAAGAUAACAUGAUUUGACAAAGAAGGCCAUAUGAAACAUGAUAAAUUUAAGAAAAAUGCAGUCCAAAAAGCACAAAACAACACGGUGAAUUAUUGAGAAGUCUGUCUGCAAAUGCAGAACAACAGUAGAAUGUUGAAAGCACCAUUCAGAAAAAGACAGCCAAAUAAACCUUUAAUUUAUAGUCACUCAUCGCGGGUCUUAUUAUCUUCAUCUACGUCCUCCUUCCUUAUAUGAUCAUGACAUAACUUUGGUUUUGUAAACUUGCUUAGCCUACUAAUUAAGAAAAAAAACUGUUAGCUAAACAUAAAGAAGAACACGAAACUCUCCGUGUCUUCACUCUCUCUCUCACUGUGUUUUUUUACAAUCAAGCUCUAAUGACGAAUCAGGUAAAAGAGAGGAAUUUAGAGCAGACCUCUACGUGGGCAGUCGCUGUGGUUUGCUUCGUUUUACUACUCAUUUCAAUUGUCCUUGAACAUUCCAUUCACAAAAUUGGAACCUGGUUCAAAAAGAAGCACAAGAAGGCUCUUUAUGAAGCUCUUGAAAAGAUCAAAGCAGAGCUUAUGCUUAUGGGAUUCAUAUCACUACUCCUAACAAUCGGACAAACACCAAUCUCAAAUAUCUGCGUCUCCCAAAGCCUCGCAUCAUCAAUGCACCCUUGCAGCGCCGCUGAUGAAGCUAGAAAAUACGGCAACAAAGAUACCGCUAAACCAAAAGACGAUGAUGAAGACAAAUCCGGUCAUAGAAGACUUCUCCUUGAGUUAGCCGAGUCUUACAUUCAUAGACGAAGUUUAGCCACCAAAGGUUAUGACAAAUGCGCUGAGAAGGGGAAAGUGGCUUUUGUAUCUGCUUAUGGUAUCCACCAGCUUCAUAUAUUCAUCUUCAUCCUCGCCGUGGUUCAUGUUAUCUACUGCAUUGUUACUUAUGCUCUCGGAAAGACCAAGACGAGGAGGUGGAAGCACUGGGAAAAUGAGACCAAGACAAUAGAAUAUCACUAUUCCAACGAUCCUGAGAGGUUUAGGUUUGCCAGAGACACAUCUUUCGGGAGAAGACAUCUCAAUUUCUGGAGCAAGACGAGGGUCACGCUAUGGACUGUGUGUUUUUUCAGACAGUUCUUUGGAUCCGUCACCAAAGUUGAUUACAUGGCUUUGCGGCAUGGUUUCAUCAUGGCACAUUUGGCUCCAGGGAGUGAAAGGACAUUCGAUUUCCGCAAGUAUAUUCAGAAAACAGUAGAAGAAGACUUCAAAACUGUAGUCGAAAUCAGUCCUAUUAUCUGGUUUAUCGCUGUGCUAUUCCUCUUGACCAACACAAACGGAUUGCAUUCUUACCUCUGGUUACCAUUCAUUCCACUAGCCGUGAUUCUAAUAGUUGGAACAAAGCUUCAAGUCAUUAUAACCAAAUUGUGUCUAAGAAUCCAAGAGAAAGGUGAUGUGGUGAGAGGUGCCCCUGUGGUUCAACCCGGUGAUGAUCUCUUCUGGUUUGGCCGCCCUCGGUUCAUCCUUUUCCUUAUCCACUUGGUUCUUUUCACGAAUGCAUUUCAGCUUGCCUUCUUUGCCUGGAGUACGUAUGAAUUCACUCUCAAGAAUUGUUUCUAUGAAAGCGAUGCAGAUGUGGUCAUUAGAAUUGUAGUUGGGUAA